UUCACUGAGCAAACAAACACAUUUCAGUCAAGAUGACUUUCACCUCAAAUCAUCUUGAAAUAUGUAAAGGGACCCUUUUGGGAGGUCACUACAAGGUCGAGGGUUUCCUUGAAGAAGGGGGCUUUGGUAUUGUAACCAAAUGUUGCAAUACAAAAACCAACAAAGUCGUUGCUAUUAAAGUCAACAAGAGCGACCCUGAAAUUCUGCAACAGGCGAAAAUGGAAAUUUACAUACUGGAGAAGCUGCGAGGCUUGGAUGCAGAUAGAUGCAACAUUGUUAAAUGGAAUGACUUUUUCAUCGACGGUGACCGCAUCUGCUUAAAUUUUGAACUCCUCGAUGAAAGCCUGUGGCAGUACAUGCGGUACCGGAGGAACCGGGUUCUCCCAGUAACAGAAAUCAGGCCAGUGUUAUUUCAGCUCGCAAAUGCCCUGUCCCACCUGGGUUCUUUGGGAAUAGUGCAUGCUGACCUCAAACCUGGAAACAUAAUGGUUGUGGACCGCUAUGAGUGUCCCAUCAAAGUCAAACUUACAGACUUUGGUUUUGCAUGUCCCGCAUCUACAGUGAUUCCUGGUGACUGUGUGGGGACGGUUGGUUAUAAAGCACCUGAGGUUAUGAUUGGUAGUCUAUUUAAUGAAGCAAUAGACAUGUGGUCCCUGGGGCUGGUAGCUGUGGAGCUUGCUACAGGGUUUCCUUUCUACCCUGGGAGAAAUGAUUAUGAUGUUUUGAAAUUCAUCAUACAGACCCAGGGACAGCCACCAGAUCAUGUUUUAGACUCUGGCUUUUACACUGAUAACUAUUUCAUAAAAGACAACUACAACGGACAACGCUGGACAUUUAAGACCGAAAGACAAUUUCAAGAUGAGACAGGUUGUCAGUCCAAGGACACUCGAUGCAUAAAACUUAAGUGCCUCGAUGACCUUGAACAACUACUGAAGAUAAGGGGGUGUUGGGAAAAAAUCCAAAAUGUAUUUGUCAGCCUAAUCAAAGAGAUGUUAGCAUUGGAUCCAAACCAGCGCAUAACACCCUCGGAGGUUCUCCACCACCCCUUUUUCAAUCCUGGCCUCUCUAAGAGUUCUCCCUGCACUGACAUGAGUAGCACA